AUGCCCGCAAUCAACACAUCGGUCCUCGUCAAGCGCGAGGAGAACUGGGCCAAGCAGGAGGCCGGCGUUGUCGUCGUCUUUUGCCUCGUUUUCGUCAUCGCUUGCAUCUUGGCCGGCGUCUUUAUCCACAAGAAGCUCGCCGCCAGGAAGCAGAGGAAGGCUCAUGCCGAGGCGCAGGGGAAAUAA